CCAGACACACACAGUUUAGUCUGAGGUCCAGCCCCCUCUCAGUAGCAUUCAGUGCCAGACUUCAGGGAGGUAGUUUCCUUCUCACAAAACAGCUUGUGUAACUGAGCAGAGAGUCAGAGAGACAUGGGCUGGCGGAAGGGUGUUCUUGUGCUGAAGCUGGGGCAGGGGCUGAGGCCGGGGCUGAGGUUGGGGCCAGGGUUGGGACUGAGGCAGGGGCUUAGGCUGGGACUGCUGGUUCUGCUGUGCUGCCUUGCUCUUUGUCCAGAGCCUGUCCAGGGGGACAAGGUCCUGGUGAUGCCUGUAGACGGGAGCCACUGGCUGAGCAUGAAGCCGCUGGUGAAGGAGCUGGCGGCCAGAGGCCAUGAGAUGGUUGUGCUGGUCCCUGACACAUCCAUCCUCAUCCAGGGCUCUGACUACUAUAGGACUGAGACCUUCAGGGUCCCCUACAGCAAGGCGCAGCUGGACGAGAAUGUCAACAAACUGAAGGACGCUGCAUUCCUCAAGGCCCCGGAUGUAAUGGACAUAUUCGUGAACGUGCAGCACCUGGUUCACUUCACCACCAUGCAGGUGAAAGGCUGUGAGGGUCUGCUGUAUGACAAGCCCCUGAUGAAGCGACUGAGAGGAGAAAGAUUUCAGAUGAUGCUGACUGACCCCUUUCUACCCUGUGGAUCCAUCAUCGCUGACUCCUUCAACAUCCCAGCGGUGUACUUCUCGAGGGGGAUCCCCUGUGGGCUGGAUGAGAAGGCUGCCCAGUGCCCCACUCCCCCAUCCUACGUACCACGCUUCUUCUCCGGCAACACUGACCACAUGGAUUUCCUAGGGAGGGUUAAGAACAUGCUCAUGUACGGUCUGGAGAGCUACCUGUGUACGGUGAUGUUUGCCAGCUUUGACGAGCUGACCAGUAGGUACCUAGAUAAGGACAUGACGUACAGGGAACUGCUGGGUCACGGGGCGAUCUGGCUGCUGAGGUAUGACUACUCCUUUGAGUAUCCCAAACCCAGGAUGCCCAACAUGGUCAACAUUGGCGGCAUCAACUGUGGUAAAAGAGCUCCACUUCCAGCGGACCUGCAGGAGUUUGUGGAUGAGUCAGGAGAGGAUGGCUUCGUGGUCUUCACCCUGGGCUCUAUGAUCUCUCAGAUGCCUGAGGAGAAAGCCAAGCAGUUCUUUGAUGCCUUCAGCAAGAUCCCUCAGAGGGUGGUGUGGAGGUACACAGGAGUGGUGCCUGAGAACAUUCCAGACAAUGUCAGAUUGAUGAAGUGGCUUCCUCAGAAUGAUCUGCUGGGCCACCCCAAGGUCAAGGCCUUCAUCACCCACGGAGGAAUCCACGGUAUCUACGAGGGGAUCUGUAACAGUGUUCCCAUGGUGAUGCUUCCGUUGUUCGGUGACCAGAGUGACAACGUACAUCGCAUGGCGGUGAGGGGUGUCGGGGAAGUGCUCACUUUGUUCGAUAUCACCUCAGAGAAACUGGUGGAGGCCCUCAACAAGGUCAUCAACGACAAGAGUUACAAGGAGAAGAUGCUGAAGCUGUCAGCGGUACAUAAGGACCGUCCCAUCGAGCCCCUGGACCUGGCUGUGUUCUGGGCGGAGUUUGUUAUGCGCCACGGCGGAGCGGAACACCUAAGACCCGCCGCUCACGACCUCAACUGGAUCCAGUACCACAGUCUGGACGUGUUCACUCUGCUACUCACUAUAGUUCUCAUUGUUGUCAUGGUCACCGUUAAAUGCUGCAAAGUCUGCUUCCGCAAGUGUUGUGGAACGAAGAAGACUAUGAAGAAGAAGAAGAAUGAGUGAAUGUCCUUCCUGUGGCCAAGGCCGGGAUUCAAUCCAAGGUUCGCUGUAGAGCGCUGUCGACGAUAAUGUGCCUUUUAAAGGCAAUGUUCCUGUGUUUGCUGAGAUCACAUUCACAGUAAACGCUGCAGAUGUUGGCUCAAUCAGAAAGUACCUUAAAAUGUCAAGCGCGCUACAGAUUGAAUCCCAGCCCAAGCCAUCAGGCCCUAGAGUCCAGAGUAACUAUACUGCUCACUCUAGGCCCUGUGUAUAACAUUUUUAUGUUUGUUUGUUUUGAUAUCUCAGGAUAAUGUCAGAGUAACUUCAUGUAUCUGUUGUCAAUAAGGCCUAAUGCCUGCCGCCAGCAAGACAGUCUCAUUCCACCACAGGAGGUUGGUUGCACCUUAACUGCUGGUAAUGGCUGGAGUGGAAUGAGUGGAAUGGUAUCAAAUACAUCGAACAUGUAGUUUCCAUGUGUUUGAUGCCAUUUCAUUUGUUCCAUUACAGCCAUUAUUAUGAGCCGUCCUCCCCUUCGCAGCCUCAUAUUUAUUCCACAGUCAGCCACUGUGCUGUUGGAGGAGUGUGACUUCACAACUGUUGGCCUGUCUAGCAUGUGUGAUGCCAAUUCAAGAUCCUGUUUAGUAAAAAGCAUGAGCUGACGCACACACACAUUGUUUUGUAGAAGUGCUUAACCAACAAAGAUCGAACUGUAUAAAAAUAAAUCAAGUUGCAGAGUCAGACUUGCCGAAACGUUGGUUAUUAGCUUUACUUAAUCAGUUGUUUGGAAUAUAUAUAAUUGUAUAAAAAGAAAGUUGUACACUCCCUCUCAUAUAUAUAUAUAUGAGAGAAAGUGUGUACAACUUUAUUUUUAUACAAUUUAAGAUCCUGGUAACACAACCAGCAUAUGUCAUGCUGGAAUAAAGAAUUAUGGAGACAGGUGCAGGAAUACACAAUAGGGGUUUUUAAUACAUCCAAAACAAACACGUAUACAAAAACACUGGGCUGUACCCAAACAAAAGAGCGAGGGUAAACCUUGUUGAACGCCACAGGACGAUUCCCAUAAUACACAAUAUAUAUAUAUAUAUAUAUAUAUAUAUAUAUAUAUAUAGCAUAACAGCUGCACCAACACAUAGGUACUCACAGCACCAGUGGACACGGGAACAAUAAUCGACAGCCCAAUAGAAACCAAAGGGCACACUUUAUACAAGUACUAAUCAGUGGGAAUAGGGGACAGGUGUGCAUUAUGAAUGUUCCGGAGGGAUCCGUGACAAUAUAGUGGCAAGAGAGAAUUUCUCUUUGUCUUUUUAAAAGGCAUUUUGAAAGUAAAAAGCUAUGGCAGGUGUGUCAUUUUGCCUGGGCCUCAUUCGGUCUUCAUCAAGGUCCAGAGAGCACCAGACUUUUUCUUAUAUUUCCUCGCCGUCAAAAUUGGCUGGUAGUCCUUGGUAGUCCUUUAUCCAUCGUUUUUGGAAUUUCCGAUGCUCCCUGACUGUCUAGCUUUCAUUUCAGUAAUUCAUGUUUUUUGUUGUAGGAUAAAGUAGGAUAAAGUAAUCCCCCCCUUAAAAGACCUAGAGGCACUAUUGUAAAGUGGCUGUUCCACUGGAUGUCAUAAGGUGAAAGCACCAAUUUGUAAGUCGCUCUGGAUAAGAGCGUCUGCUAAAUGACGUAAAUGUAAAUGUAAUGUAAAUGUUGUACAGUACUUUUUCAUUGUUUGUAAUGUUUCAAGUGAAAAAAACAUUGUGAAAAUCUACAAAUAAAUUGUAAUACAAAGUUG